AUGGCUCCUCCGGUCUAUAAUGAUAACACUGAAGACACUCAUCGAAAUGAUUUAGAUGACUGGACUGUCAUUUGUCAAUUCUGUCUCAAACCCGUCUCGGCAACCAGACCUCCUAUCUACAAUGAGGUUAAUUGUAGUUGCUCAGAGCUUGGCACUCAUUCUGCCGGUAUCACCCCGUUCACUCAGGAUGAUACCCAAAUUUUGGAGCCAAAUGUUACUAUUUAUGAAGAACCUGCCUAUACAUAUCAACGUCCUAUCCAGGGAUAUGUUUCCUCAUACAACCAGACUUCAACUCUGCAUGAAGAACCUCUUGCUUAUAAGAACAGCAACAAGUUCGGGGACUUCACAACCAACUGGAACAAUGAUGAUCUCAAAAAUGGUACCAGAAAUAUACAAGACCAGCCAUACUCUGUCAGUGGCUACUCAUGGGCUUUCUGUUCCUGGCUGAAGGAAAACGAGUCCUCAUGUACUCUCGCAUACAGAUCUUCAUCAAUGAAAGCGAAGAAGGGAAGCAAGCGAGGUGACUCCAGUCUUCAUAACUCUGGUAGUAAUGUGGAACUCGGAUACAACGGGUGGGGACCUGAUCCCCUCACAGAGACUGGAGCAUGGACCAGUGAAAAGUACCAUGACACAAUUGAGAGUACAUUGGUUAUGAGUGGCAUGAACAGUUCUUAG